CCCAUUAUCUUCAAAGGCCUUUCAUGCACCAGUAAUAAAAGAAUUGUGGUUGACUUAGACUUGAGAUUGGUCACACAAAAAAAAACACAACCCUCAUCCACCUUAAAAGAAUCCGAUCAGCUUCUUACCAGUCAUACCUCCACCAGGGCUAACCAGACAAAGUCACAGCCAAAUUACAUUUCUUUCUUCCACCGGAAAAGUAGCCAAGAAUCCGACACCACCCCUUUUGCUAGCUUCAGUUCAUAUAGCUCCCGGAUUGUUGUUGCGUAUAAGUUCUUGCGAUGACACCUGAAAGUAAAACAAAUGCUUCACCAAAAGAUUCAAAGAAGCCACGUUUGACCGAUCAAGCAGCUUCCGUCAAGAGAAAAAGAUUCCGGCGAAUCAAAAGUGCCCCACUUGCGGAUUCUUUUGGUACCGAUUUCAAAAAAGCCGUUGCAUCUCUUCCACGACCCAAGUCUAUUUUUGACCAUUUUUACCCGAGUUACUGGAAGAUAGGUAUCGUCUUCUUCGCAUAUCUAGUUGCAGGUAUGGUUUGCUUUCAUCUAGCUAGACACCAGAUUUCCGGAAAGAAAACAAACAGCAUACUCGAUGCACUUUACUUCACUGUUGUAACAAUGACAUCAGUCGGAUAUGGAGACCUUGUUCCCGCUAGCACUCUCACAAUACUUCUCGCUUGUCUUUUUGUUGUCUCGGGGAUGGUGAUUGUCGGGGUUGUUUUAAGUAAAGCAGCUGAUCUUUUAGUCGAGAAACAAGCAAACUUGCUUGUGAAAGCGAUGCACAUGAAUGAAACUAUCGGUGAAGCAGAAAUCCUUAAAAAGAUCAAAACGAAGAGCGUGAGACACAAGUGUAUAACCUUGCUUGUGUUCCUUCUUGUAUUUAUGGCUGCAGGAACAGGAAUUUUACUUUCUGUUGAGGAUUUGAACUUCAUUAAUGCGUUCUAUUGUGUUGUUGCGACGCUUACUGGACUUGGUUAUAUAGAUAAAUGCUUCUCGACAACAGGUGGACGUGUUUUUGCUCUUUUUUGGAUCUUGUUAGGUACUCUCUAUGUAGCUCAAUUGCUGUUUACUUUUGCUUUAUUACACACUGAAAGAAGGCAACGAUCGUUGGUCAAAUGGGUUCUUAAAAGAAAAACAACGGUUUCUGACCUCGAGGCAGCUGAUUUUGAUGGUGAUGGCAUCGUUGUAGCUGCUGAGUUCAUUGUCUUUAAGCUAAAAGAGAUGGGGAAGAUCAAUGAAGAUGAUAUCACACCCAUCAUGGAUGAGUUUGAGACACUCGAUUUUGACAAAACUGGAACGUUAACUGUGUCUGAUCUUCUGUUUUCUCAAUCGUCUUUGCCGGCAUCUGACGUUUUAACAUCCCGUGUAUCAUUCUAAGGCGAUGCUGGUAACAAAAUUUUGAAAAUCCGUACUUUUAUACUAUAUAUGUAUUAGGGGCAUUGAAUAUAUGAAGUUUAUGGUUAAUUUGCAACCAAAUCUAUGUUUUUGUUCGAUUUACAACGCCUAAGACGUUGGAUAUUCGAAAUAUCUGUACUAAAAGCCGUGCAUAUAACUCAUAUAAUUCUUAAUGAAGCGAUGUGAAUUUUCGAGUCCUAUAUA